AGUGGCUACAGUUCCACAUUACUUUGGCUGCCAUGAAUCGAAGGAAAACUACUACUAGAGGGACCUCCCCUGCCAUGAAAAUCAGCCAUCAACCUCCAAGGCUUCUAAUUGUGCAUAUCGAUGUACCUUCCUGGGCUGACAUCUGCCCCAACCUCUGUGAGGCCUUGCAGAACUUUUUCUCAAUAGCCUGCAGUUUGAUGGGCCCCAGCCGAAUGUCUCUGUUCAGCUUAUACGCAGUACAAAACCAACAUGAAUGUGUCCUCCCAUUUGUGCAAGUGAGAGGGAACUUCGUUAGGCUGCAGACCUGCAUCUCAGAGCUUCGCAUGUUACAGGUAGAAGGUUGUCACAGACCACCUCACACCUUACUACCACUGGCAGUAGAGGAUGGACUCCAGCAGUUCAAACAGUACAGCAGUUACAUGGCCACAAGUGCUGCUCAGCCCUGUACUUCCCUGGAGAUUACUGUCCUGACUUCCCGGCCUGGAAAAGAAGUGGUCAAAGAUCUGGAGGAAGGGUUGAAAGAUAUAAACCUACUUAGCGUCAGAAGACUGCAGGUAGUUGAGAUCACAAAAGGCAUCCAAGAGCAGACUGACUCACCGUCUCCUACUGAAGAAGCCAGCAAUGACGAGAGCUCCAUCCUGGAAGCCGACAUUGUCCUUGAGACUCUAGACAACGAUGUUGUCAGCAUGGAGGUCUUCUUUAAAGCCUGGCUGCAUAACAGUGAAACUGACCAGGAAGACAUCCACCUCCUUCUUACUCCACAGAGUCUUCCUCCUUCUUCCAGAGCCAAGGAUAAUCCAAUAUGUCUGAAAUGCGAUCUCCAAGAGCGAUUUCUCAGCCCAUCCCUGCUUCCUGGUACAGCUGAUGGCCUGUCGAGAAUAGAUGACCCCAAAGGAGACAUCAGCAAGCUCUACCAGAUACCAUCCCUGUCAUCUGACUCUCCAUACAAGCUGCAAGUGAUCAAGGCUCUGAAAUCUAGUGGGAUCUGUGAGUCGCUGACCUAUGGACUGCCCUUCAUCCUCAGACCCACAAGCUGUUGGCAGCUGGACUGGGAUGAGCUGGAAACAAAUCAACAACAUUUUCAUGCCCUGUGUCACUGCUUGCUGAAAAGAGACUGGCUGCUGUUGGCCAAAGGGGAGCCUCUGAUGCCCAGACACAACCAGAAUUCCCCUGCCUGCAGCUUCUAUGUGAUCACUCCUUCUCACUCUCUCACAAUGCUGGUGAAGCUGGUGGCCACGAGGGAGUUGAUGCUGCCUGGUUUCUUCCCCCUGCUCUCUGAGGACCCACCUGAAGACAGUCUGAAGACCAUAGAGAGCGCACUAGACAGCCUGGAGCUGAGGCUCACCUACAACCCUCUGCAAGUUGGGAGCCACCUGUACUCACAUCUGAGCAGCAUCCACGCCAAGCCUCAGGGGCGGCUCCACACAAGCUGGGCAAGCCGGGUCCUUAGAAAGGGGGGUCAGCGGCAGACCAACCGGGCUGGAGCCGCAGUGGUUCCCCUCCUAGUGGCUCCUGUCCCGGGGAGAGCUCAGAAGAUGCCAGCAGCCAGCAGAGCAUCCUCAGCAACCUUCCUGCCUUCUGAUUCGGAUGAGGAGGAGGAGAAGGAGGAGGAAGAGGAGGAGGAAGACGACGACGACGAUGACCCUUCUCAGACCUAAGUCCCCAGUGCCAGCACACAGCCAUACUACACUGCCCGGGAUGGCUGCCUGCUCAGCCUGCGCCUGUGCGUGAGCUCAGGCUAAGAAACAGCCUCUUCCUCCUCUGACAUUGCCCAAUGGGGGAGGGGGCACUGAAAGCAACACACCCGGGCCUGUCUUUUGUCCAGCACGGACUCUCUUUUGGAUCAUUUGAUAGUAUUUACACAAAUAACUAAAUGCCCAGUAAGCCUUCUCCAUUGUUCUGAGCAUUCCUAGGCCAGAAUUUCUUCCUGCAGCUCUGUGUAAGAAGGUGGAUGAGCUCAACUUAUCCUUGGGAAACUACAACUCAAGAAUAAACUCAGGAACAAAGAG